CGAUUUGAUUUUGAUACAGAUAUUAAUAAAUUAUCAAAAACUGAUGAUUUUAAUAAAACAUUAACAGUACAUCCAGUGAAUGAUUUAGAAACAAUGUUAAAAUUACAAAAAUAUUUUAAUCAAGUUGAAAUUGAUGAAAUUAAACAAGAUAUAUUUAAACAUGAACAAAAUAUUGAACAAUUGUCAUGUUAUGCACCAGAUGGUUGUAAUCAAAUUCCUUGGCCUGUUGGUGUACCACCACCAUAUCGACCACCAACAAGAUUUGAUGUUUUAAGAUGGGAUUAUUUUAAUGAAACACAUAUUUAUUUAGAAACGGAUAAUGAUGUUGUAGGACUAAUGAAACAAGAUUAUCAUGAUGAUGUACAUGAAAUAAUUAAUUAUUCAAUUGCACAGAUACAAAAGAAAUAUGGUCCUAAGUAA